AGCUGUCAUUCUUUUAACCUAUAAUUUUUCUGUUAUGAAAUUACUGGGUUUUUGAUAUUUUAUCUGUGCAUUGAAGUAGAAGUCUUCAUUGCGGUUAAAUUGAAACCUUUAAGCUAUGCUACAGUACUGUUGAGUUGAAGCAACCUUCACCUGACCUAGGGCUGCGGACCCAUAUGCGAAACGAUGAUAUUUUCAGUGGUUAUCACCAAACUGAAAAGCCUAGUUUUAUUGUUGGUAAAUUUGUUUGGGAGAGCCUUGUGCUGUUUUAAGCGGCGAAGACGAGAUAGCAACUCUGAAUGUGUCCCACUUACUCAUGUUGUCUCAGGCAGAGGGGAAGAAAGCUUUCAAAAUUGGGAAUGGGAAGAUAAUCUGGCUCAGAAGGAGCCCAAAACUGUCCAGGAUCAUAUUGAACUUUACAGGAAGCAGAAGACUCAAGCUGUGCUAUUAAAAGAGUCAAAUGAAGCUGAGGAGCAACUUAAUUUUUUUGAAGAUAUGACACCAAAGAUUACCAAACAAACAAAAAUACUUCUCAACACAGGUCAACAGGAAGCUAAUAAAACUAGUGGUAAUAGAUUGAGCUUAGAUGAGAGCUCAGUAGAUUCUAUUAUAACAGAUGAAUUGAGAGAGUGGGAUGAAUCUUCUGGCUGGGAGAGUGAUCUUUUGGACCAAGAUGCUCAAAAAGCACUUAGAGAGAAGAAGAGGCAAGAAAGAGAGCGUAAGGCUUGGGAGCAACAACAGAAGAGACAGGAAAAAAUGCUCAAGCCACUAGAGAUCCUCUUAUAUUUGAAUAAUAUAUACUUCAGUUCUUCUAAACAUCUGAAGAGAAGGUCGAUAUACAAAGUCCAACCAAAAAAUACGGAAUGACCUUCAUCCUUGGUUCCAACUGAAGGUAAGAAGUUUUCACAAGAAAAGCCUGUCAUUCCUUCUUCAGGGUACUAUCAAGAGGUUAGGCACUGAAUCUGUUUGGAUUUCGUAUAAAAGUGUGUAUGAAAUGUAUGUGCUGUGCUGUGUAGACUGAUGUGUACCGACUAUAUUUUAUAAUAUUUUGUUGCGAGUAAAGUAAGUCAUAAACUGUUUAUUGAUUUUC